GCGAGGGGAGGGAGGUAAACAAGAUGGCAGCAGCCUUGAAGCAGCAGCGGCUGUGAGGAACAGAUUUGAGAAAAUAAGAGAUUUAGGAGCAGAAGCGGAGUAGAAGCGUGAGUCUCCGUCCCUCGUCGAGUCGAGCAGGUGUCCACAGCCUCAGGUAUUUUGGAUCUCGGUCAUGGAUUUCCCAUAAUGCCGAAGUGAAGUCUGUAAUCGUUCACAUGCUUCCGGAGAGGAUGCAAGGUUUCCUGCUUCUCUGCGACUGAAGUUCUGGUUUUUGGUGUUUCUGCAGAGAUGUGCAGAGCUCCAAAGAUCCCCAGUGUCGGCUAAUAAAGCCUAACGAAACCACACCAGCGGACGCUCAAAGACUGGUUUGUUUUAGGGGAUUGUUCGGAUCUGUUCGUGAUGCCAGUUGACUGAUCUUCUCAAUCUCAACUGCUUGGGAAUACGAAUCUUCCCGUCGGGCGUUUGGAUCGUCGGAGGGAGAGCGAGAGGAAGAUGAGUGUGGGUGGAGAGCUCCAGCAUCUGGAGUACAUGACGGAGAACGAGCUGAUGGGGAUGGACACCUUCAUCCACCGCAUCGACUCCACCGAGGUCAUCUACCAGCCCCGACGCAAGCGUGCCAAGCUGAUCGGGAAGUACCUGAUGGGAGAUCUGCUCGGGGAAGGCUCCUACGGGAAGGUCAAGGAGAUGCUGGACUCGGAGACUCUGUGUCGCAGAGCCGUUAAGAUCCUGAAGAAGAAGAAACUCCGGAGGAUUCCCAACGGAGAGGCCAAUGUGAAGAAGGAGAUUCAGCUGCUGAGACGACUACAGCACAAAAACAUCAUCCAGCUGGUGGAUGUGCUGUACAACGAUGAGAAGCAGAAAAUGUAUAUGGUGAUGGAGUAUUGUGUCUGUGGGAUGCAGGAAAUGUUGGACAGCGUUCCAGAGAAGAGAUUUCCAGUGUUUCAAGCUCACGGGUACUUCUGCCAGCUUCUGGAUGGUCUUGAAUACUUGCACAGCCAGGGAAUUGUACACAAAGAUAUUAAACCAGGAAACUUGCUGCUCACGACAGACGGGGCGCUGAAGAUCUCUGACCUGGGAGUAGCAGAGGCGCUCCACCCGUUUGCGGAGGACGACACGUGUCGGACGAGUCAGGGGUCACCAGCGUUCCAGCCUCCAGAGAUCGCCAACGGCCUGGACACGUUUUCAGGGUUCAAGGUGGACAUCUGGUCUGCUGGGGUCACACUAUACAACAUAACCACGAGUCUGUACCCGUUUGAGGGGGACAACAUCUAUAAGCUGUUCGAGAACAUUGGGAAGGGAGACUACACGGUUCCUGAGGAGUGCGGCCCGCAGCUGUCUGACCUACUCAGAGGGAUGCUGGAAUAUGAUCCUGUCAAAAGGUUUUCAAUUCAGCGCAUCAGACAACACAACUGGGUGCGUAAGAAACACCCCCCCUCGGAGCCUCCGGUGCCCAUCCCCCCCAGCGCAGAGACACGUGACCCCUGGAGGAGCCUGACGGUGAUGCCGUACCUGGAGGAUCUGCACGGUUACACUGAGGACGAGGACGAGCUCUUUGACGCGGAGGAUGACAUCAUAUACACUCAGGACUUCACUGUACCAGGGCAGGUCCCGGAGGAUGAGGACGAUGAUGAAGAAGAGCGUUCUCCGGAGCGCACCUGUGCCGUGGCCAAACCGGUGUGUGUGAACGGGACAGAGUCGGCCGCACUGAAGCCCAAAUCUGAGCGGCGCUCCAGCUCUUCCUCCAAUCCCUCCAGGAAGGGCCUCUCCGCCGCCAGCAAGAUCCGCAAGCUUUCCACCUGCAAGCAGCAAUGACCCGCUGCACACCUGCACCUCUGUACAGGUUUAUGUUGUUGUUUCCCAGCAGUCAGUACUGAACGCUGUUCCCGACGCACACUUCGCCAUGAUGAUGAUGAACUAACACACAGUGCCAGGACUUUAUCUGGGAUGGACCGACUUCACUUGAGAAGAUGUUUCCAUUCGGUUUCUCUCGCCCUCUCCGAUCGUCUGACCCGACCUUCCUUUAGUUUUAGACUCCGGUCACUGACUGCAGUGAAGGAAGCAGAUGGUUGAUCAGGUCUUGUAGAUGAUGUUUAAACUGCAUGCUGUGCCGCACCGGAGAGGACAGCGGACGGAGACAAGCUCGCGGUUCAUUUCCCCAUUUGGUUUUUGGUUUGGUUUUUCCCCAUAAAUAUUUUUUAAGUAUUAUUUAUAUAAAAUACAUCCCAACUGAA